AUGACUUCGCUCAAUAGUUCUACUACCACGACCACGAAUCUUCCAGAUUCUGGUACUUUGAGCAUUCCAGCCGUAGCACCACUGUCCAUCGUAACCGGUCGUUUAAAUGAGACUAUUCUGGAAACAGGCUCUACCCAUGGUGGGGUCGCAAGAUGGGGAGAUGCUCCACACGAAUUUGGGAUGCGCAGGCUAGCUGGAACAGAGGAAGACGGAGCUAUGAGAAAUUGGUUUAUAGAUGAGUGCAAAUCUCUUGGCUGUACCAUAAAGAUUGAUAAAAUCGGGAACAUCUUCGCAGUUUAUCCCGGAAAGAACGGUGGUAAACCCACUGCCACAGGAUCUCAUUUGGACACGCAGCCUGAGGCGGGCAAGUACGACGGGAUUCUCGGAGUUCUGGCCGGGCUUGAAGUACUCAGAACUUUCAAGGACAACAAGUACGUCCCCAAUUAUGACGUCUGCGUCGUGGUUUGGUUCAAUGAAGAAGGCGCGCGAUUCGCGAGAUCUUGUACCGGUUCCAGCGUCUGGUCUCACGAUUUGUCUUUGAAAGAAGCAUACGAGCUUAUGUCGAUUGGUGAAACAGAGUCGGAGUCAGUCUUUGACUCUCUUAGCAAGAUCGGAUACAUCGGCGACGUUCCUGCAUCAUACAAGGAGAACGAGAUUGACGCGCAUUUCGAGCUGCACAUUGAGCAGGGUCCCAUUCUAGAAGACGAACAAAAGUCAAUUGGCAUUGUUACCGGUGUGCAGGCAUAUCAAUGGGAGAAAGUCACAGUGAGUGGCGAAGGCGCGCAUGCAGGUACUACUCCUUGGAGGUGUAGAAAAGACGCAUUGUUGGCAUCAGCUAAAAUGAUCGUUGCCGCAUCAGAAAUCGCCAAAAAGCAUCAAGGCUUAUUGACUUGCGGUGUCAUUGACGCGAAGCCUUAUUCGGUAAACAUUAUUCCAGGUGAAGUGUCAUUUACUCUCGACUUUAGGCAUCCUUCUGAUGAAACUCUAAAGUUGGCUAUAGAGGAGGCUCACGCUGAGUUUGAUCGUAUCGUUCAAGACAACACUGCUGGUGCUUUAACCUACGGAGCAGAAAUUCUCCAAAUUUCACCAGCGGUUAAGUUCAACCAAACAUGUAUCGAGUGCGUGUCCAGAUCUGCAUUCGCUCAAUUUCCCGAGGACAAAGUUCGUCAAAUAUGGUCAGGAGCCGGCCAUGACUCUUGUCAAACAGCUCCUCAUGUUCCAACAUCCAUGAUUUUCAUUCCAUCCAAGGAUGGAUUGUCUCACAAUUAUUACGAGUAUUCUUCACCUGAAGAAGUCGAGAAUGGGUUUAAGGUUCUCCUGCAAGCCAUAAUUAAUUAUGACAACUUCAGAGCCGCCAGAGGGUGUUGA